AUGUCCAUAAUGAGACUUGAAUCCUCAAUCAGGGAGGACAACAAUGAAUACCGCUGGGCUAGAAGCCUUUUGCAGUUUGAGUGUAUUCAGCUAAGCAAAGUCUCCGUGGUGAUCACAAUUAACAGACUUAGAUUAGCUCUUUUACACAUAUGGGGACUGACGUUACUGAAACUGUGGAGAACUUCCCGUCGCCGAUUAACAUCAAGGUGCAUAGAUAUAGAAGCAGCUAGACCUCGAUGUGAAUCUGGUAUUCAGUCGCUUGUUCAUUUAAAUGUCGCAAUUGAGAAAGCCAAAUCGUUGAUUAGCGAUUGCAGUGAAUCCAGUAAGCUUUACUUGGCACUCACAGGAAAUACGGUUCUUUCAAGAUGUAAAAAAACAAAAAUCUUAUUGGAACAGAGUUUGAGCCAGAUACAAAACAUGGUUCCUGUGAUGCUUGCAUCAAAGAUCUCACUGAUAAUUACAGAGCUUAGGAGGAUGAAAAUUAGUUUAGAUCCAUGUGAAGAAGAAGCUGGAAAAACUGUAAAAACAUUACUCAAAGGGUACAAUAAUACUGGAAAUUCUUCAGAAUAUGAAAACGAGUGUAUUCGAAUAGUUGCUUUAAAGCUUCAAAUAACAUCUCAAACAGCUCUUUUAAUUGAACGAAGAUCAAUCAAGAAACUUUUAAAGAAACUUGUUGAAGGAGAUAGUGAUCAACAAAAGAAACAUAUUCUCAUGAUCCUUUUGGAUUUGCUUAAAAAACAUGGACAUUCAAUUGCAUCUGUGCAUGAAGAGAACGAUACCAUUGUUCAAAAUCAAGUUUAUUGGUCCGGGAGAGUUGACUAUUCUGUUGACCGAGAAGAACCUCCGAAGGGUAUUUUUGGAAGAGGUGAAAGUAUACCUCCAGAAGAGUUCAAGUGUCCGAUUUCUCUCAAGGUGAUGUAUGAUCCUGUUGUUAUUGAUACUGGAGAAACAUUUGAACGAAUGUGGAUUCAGAAAUGGUUUGAAGAAGGUAAUGAUAUUUGUCCAAAAACUAAAAGGAAACUAUCGAACUUUUCAUUGACACCAAAUACGACCAUGAAGGGUAUGAUUUCACAAUGGUGUGAGAUUCAUGGUGUCACUAUUUUGGAUCCUUGUGUUGACUUUUCAACCGAUGUAAGCACGUGGGAGAAUUCGUCUUCUUCGGUUACUAGUUUGAGCUCUAUGUAUAGUCUCCAACUUCCGGUUGUUGAUUAUAGUAACUUAUCGCUCAGUUCUUUGGAAAAUACUCGUGAUAUGGAUGUGGAGUUAUCUCAAGAACUUGAUGAUUCGCUUCCAUGGAAGUCGCAAUGCAAAUUUGUUGAAGAUCUCAUGGCCCGUUUGAAUGAUGAUGAUCGUGGUUGUCGAUUCAUAUCAUGCGAGAAUUUGAUUGAGUCGAUUGUGAGAUUCUUGAAGGUUGCACGCGAUAUCAAUGAUGUUAAAGCUCAGAGAAUCGGAUGUUUGCUAUUGCAAAUCUUGAUAACCAAAUGCAGAAGUAUAAAAAUCUUGAGUAACGAUGCAUACGAGUUGAUAUCAGAGUUCCUUGAUUCGGAAAUGAUAGAAGAGACGCUCGCUAUAAUUGAAAAUUUGUCUUCCCACCAAAAUCAUCGAUCUGAAAUCGCAUCUUCUCGUGUUCUUACUCAGAUUUUAAAGAUUCUCGAUUCCAAAAUCAUACAAUUUCAAACUCCAGCCCUAAAAAUUCUCUAUAACUUGACAUCGAACAGACACUUUCGUUCUCUCCUUUCUUCAGAUCUAAUCCCUAAACUUGUCGCCCUUUCUGAAGACGAAUCGCUCUCAAGAUACUGCAUCGCAAUCUUGACAAAUCUAUGUGGGAAUCAAGAUAAUAAAAGCAUAAUUGCAGAAACCGAAGGGUGUAUAUCUUUUGUUGCUAGGGUUCUUGAAAGUGAGAGUUGUGAGGAGCAAGAACAGGCUUUAGAGAUUCUUCUUUCGUUGUGUUCUCAAAGCAUUCAGUAUUGUAGAUUGGUGAUGGAUGAAGGGGUGAUUACUAAUGUUGUUUCUAUUAUCAUGAAUGGAAAUGAUAAAGGAAAAGCAAAAGCACAUGAAAUGCUUCGUCUUUUGAAAGAUGCAAAUGUUGAAGAGCCUGUGGAAGAAUCUCCUGCACCUGUUUAUGAUGUUUUAAAGGAUUCAAAUAACUUUCAGUAUAAGGUUUUGCAGUUAUUUUCUCUACCAUAUGUGCAGUUUUGGGUGGAUUGAUCUAAUAACUCUAUUUUUUUAGGCUUGUUAUAUUAUUUGCGUAUAUUAGUUGUAGUAGAAUAGUUGUAUGCAGAAGUUAUUUAAACAGUAAACACGCAUGAAGGAAUGUUGGUGUUCUUCAGGAUUCUUAACUAAAGAUUCAUUUUGUGUGAAGAAUCCAACCUGAAUUCAGAAUCAUGAUUCAUCCCUCCGCUGAUAGAAAAACUUGUAAAUGUUAUACCAUUUAGUUAACUUGAAGAACUAGUUUGCACUUUGUAGACUUAAAGAACUGGUUUUGUAGUUCGUUUCUUUAGAUCAUGGUGAUCUAUAUGUAAAGUUUUGUUGGCUGUUUCUUUUUUAAGGUUUUUGAACAAUCUGUAUUUGGUUUGGAUCCUGUUAACAUUUCUGGUGAUGGGUAUUUUCGGUUUUUUGGUCUUACAUUCAAGAUUUGUUGACUUUUUAUUAUGAAAAUAUCUCAUAAGAAAAUUAUUUAGCCUCUAAUAUAGGAAUUCAUUUAUUGUAAUUACUUUUCUUUUAUUUUGUAUAUCUUUUGUAUUAUAUAUACUCUAUAAAAUAUCCUCCAUAUAUAUG